GUAAAUAUCUACACUUUGCAGCCAAGAAAAGCGCAUCUAGUUUUGGAAGAUGGGCAUCAUUUUGAAGGUUAUUCAUUUGGUAAAGAGGUCUCAUCUGCAGGUGAAGUUGUUUUUAACACAGGACUUGUUGGGUACCCAGAGGCUCUGACGGACCCUAGUUACAGAGGUCAAAUUUUGACUUUGACCUAUCCAAUCAUUGGUAACUAUGGAGUUCCAGAUACCAAUAAAGUAGACGAGUUUGGGCUCAGAAGUUAUGUGGAGUCAGAUAAAAUUCAGGUAUCUGGUCUUAUAGUUCAAGACUAUACAACGGAGCAUAGUCACUGGAACUCUGUCCAGUCUCUAUCACAGUGGUUGAUGAAUGAUGGUGUCCCAGCUCUGUUUGGUAUUGAUACCAGAAUGAUCACCAAGAUGGUUAGAGACAAGGGGACAGUUUUGGGUAAAAUUGAGUAUGAUGAUCAACCUAUACCAUUUGAUGAUCCCAAUAUUAGAAAUCUGAUAGAAGAGGUUUCUACUAAGGAGAUCCAAUAUUUUGGUAAAGGAAACCCUAUAAAAAUCAUAGCUUUAGAUUGUGGUAUCAAACACAACAUGUUACGUUCUCUGAUAAUGAGAGGCGCAGAAGUGAAAUUAGUACCAUGGAAUUACGAUUUUACCACAGAAAGUUACGAUGGAUUAUUUAUUUCCAAUGGUCCUGGCAACCCAGAAUUAGCAACAGAAGCUAUUCAACACGUCAAAGUAGUGAUAGAAAGUGAUCGUGAGGAACCAAUAUUUGGAAUUUGUAUGGGAAAUCAACUAACUGGUCUUGCUGCAGGAGCUAAAUCUUAUAAACUUCCACUUGGUAACAGGGGACAUAAUCAACCGGUUUUAAAUGUAAAAACAAAUCAGGCGUUUAUUACUUCACAAAAUCAUGGUUUUGCCAUUGACACUGAAACAUUAUCGAAUGACUGGGAAGUUUUAUUUGUCAAUGCCAAUGACAGGUCAAACGAGGGAAUUAUGCAUAAAUCCAAGCCUAUUUUUACUGCCCAGUUUCAUCCGGAAGCAUUUGGUGGACCUACUGACACACAGUUUUUAUUCGACUAUUUUCUGGACUUGAUCACAACUAAGAAAAAGAAUGUCAUCCAUGUCAUGCCUAGGAAAAAAGAACAGAGAUCCAACUGUCUGAAGGUAGAGAAAGUGUUGGUAUUAGGCAGUGGUGGACUAUCUAUCGGACAGGCUGGAGAGUUCGAUUACAGUGGUUCACAAGCUAUUAAAGCAUUACGAGAAGAAGACAUUCAAGCAGUAUUAAUGAAUCCAAACAUAGCGUCAGUUCAGACCAAUGCAGAGGGAGAGAAACAAGCGAAUACUGUUUACUUUCUUCCCAUAACUCCCGAGUUUAUAACUGAAGUCAUCAAGCGAGAAAAGCCUGAUGGUAUCCUGUUGUCUAUGGGAGGACAGACGGCUCUAAAUUGUGGAGUUGAGCUUCACAGACAAGGCGUCUUCCAGAAACACGGGGUAAAAGUUUUAGGUACACAAAUUGACAGUAUUGAAGCGACAGAGGACAGACAAAUCUUUGCCGAUAAACUGAAAGAGAUAGAUGAGAAAUUGGCACCAAGUAUGGCUGUAGAGAGUUUACAAGAUGCAAUAAAAGCAGCUGAAAAAAUUGGGUAUCCGGUUAUGAUAAGAGCAGCAUAUGCUUUAGGUGGACUUGGAUCUGGAGUAGCUAAAAACAAAGAAGAACUUACUCGGAUAGCGACAAAUGCAUUUGCGAUAACUAACCAAGUGUUGAUCGAGCAGUCAUUGUUAGGCUGGAAGGAAGUGGAAUAUGAAGUAGUUAGAGACGCCUUUGAUAAUUGCGUUACUGUUUGUAAUAUGGAAAAUCUUGAUCCGCUUGGAGUACAUACAGGUGAUUCUAUUGUGGUUGCACCAAGUCAAACUUUAUCCAAUGAAGAAUAUCACAAGCUAAGAGAGACAGCUAUAAAGGUUGUCAGACAUUUUGGUAUAGUUGGUGAAUGUAAUAUACAGUAUGCUUUACACCCUGAAUCAUUAGAUUAUUGUAUCAUAGAAAUCAAUGCUCGCUUAUCAAGGAGUUCCGCUUUAGCUUCUAAAGCAACGGGAUAUCCCCUAGCUUUCAUCGCAGCUAAACUAGCUUUGGGAAUAGAUUUACCAUCCUUACAGAAUCAAACAACAAUGAUGACAACAGCCUGUUUUGAACCUAGUUUAGAUUAUAUUGUAACCAAGAUACCCAGAUGGGAUAUGGACAGGUUUACUCUCAUGUCUAAAGAAAUAGGUAGUGCUAUGAAAAGUGUUGGAGAGGUGAUGGCUAUCGGACGAACCUUUGAAGAAAGUCUCCAGAAAGCUUUAAGAAUGACACAUCCCACUGUUGAUGGAUUCAAGGCUGAAUUACCGGCAGGUAAACAGUAUCCAUCUGAUUUUAAUAUUGAUCAUAAUCUGACAACACCAAAUAAUACCAGAAUCCACACUCUUGCUAAGGCAUUUAAAUCUGGUUACAGUGUCAACGAUAUACAUAAACUAACUAACAUAGAUAAAUGGUUUUUACAUAAACUGUUUAGAAUUAUUAACAUUGAAAAUGAUUUAUCUAUCUUUACCAAAUACAAUUUAGAUGAAGAACUAUUGGUGUUAGCUAAGAAGGCUGGUUUUAGUGAUAAGCAGAUUGGACAAGCUCUCAAAUGUAGUGAAGCUGAGAUCAGAAAGCUGAGACUGGAUAAAUCUAUCAUGCCAUGGGUCAAACAGAUUGAUACAAUGGCUGCAGAAUAUCCAGCGAAAACUAACUAUCUGUAUUGUUCUUAUAAUGGAAUGGAACAUGAUUUAGAUUUUACUGAUCAUGGUACGAUGGUGAUGGGUUGUGGACCUUAUCAUAUUGGUAGUAGUGUAGAAUUUGAUUGGUGUGCUGUUUCGUGUAUCAGAGCUCUCAGAACUAUGGACAAGAAAACUGUUGUGGUAAAUCACAAUCCCGAGACAGUCAGUACCGACUUUGAUGAAUGUGAUCGAUUGUAUUUUGAAGAAUUGUCUCUUGAAAGAGUUUUGGAUAUUUACCAAACUGAGCAAUGCAGUGGAGUGAUUGUCUCAGUAGGCGGUCAGAUACCAAACAAUCUAGCUCUACCAUUAUGGAAGAAUGGAGUUAAAGUAUUGGGUACAAGUCCUUUAAUGAUAGAUAGUGCUGAAAACCGAGGCAUAUUUUCUGGAAUAUGUGACUCUCUUCAUAUUAACCAACCUGAAUGGAGAUCAUUGAGUACUUUGGAUGAUGCUUUAGAUUUUGCUGCGACAGUAGGUUACCCAUGUUUGUUAAGGCCCUCCUAUAUCCUCAGUGGAUCAGCUAUGAAUGUUGCUUACUCUCCUGGCGAACUAGAGAAAUAUUUACUUGAAGCAGCCCAGAUUUCUAAAGAAUACCCUGUCGUAAUAACCAAAUUCUAUGUUGGGACAAGAGAAGUGGAGAUGGAUGCCGUAGCUAAAGAUGGAAAUGUUGUUUCCCAUGCUAUCUGUGAACAUGUAGAAAAUGCUGGUGUACAUAGUGGUGAUGCUACUUUAAUGUUACCAACACAAACUAUUACAGCUCCAGCUCUAGCUUCAAUUCGUGAAAUAACUCGUAAAAUUGCUCAGAGGUUUGAGAUAAGUGGACCAUUUAAUAUGCAGUUUUUGGUAAAGGACAGUGAUGUAAAAAUAAUUGAAUUGAACCUACGGGCAUCUAGAUCUUGCCCCUUUGUUUCUAAAACUAUUGGAACAGAUUUUAUAGAUACUGCUACUAAAGUCAUGUUAAAUGAGCCAUUGGAUUUAUCUACAUUACCAACUCUGAAUACACCCCACAACCCUACAUCUUAUGUCGGAAUUAAGGCACCAAUGUUUUCAUGGCCAAGACUGAGAGAUGCUGAUCCUCUGUUAAAAUGUGAAAUGGCUUCUACUGGAGAGGUGGCAUGUUUUGGUCGAACGAAAUACACAGCAUUUUUAAAAGCUAUGAUGUCAGCAGGUUUUAAGAUACCUAAAGAAAACGGCUCAGUUUUAGUUGGUGUUGAAAAAUCAUUUCUUCCCAAUUUUUUACCCAUUGUUAAACGACUCUCUACUAUUGAAAUAAUCAUAUCUAUUAUCUUACAGAUCUAUGCAACAGAAAAGACGGCUGAUUAUCUAAAUUUACACUACAUACCAACUGAAGGAGUUAGCUGGGAUAUUGUUGAUACUAAUCCUGAUUUGGUACCAGCCACAAGGUUGAUAAGAGAAGGAAAAAUAAGUCUAGUUAUUAAUUUACCAAAUGAACAUACCAAACAUACAAAAGACAAUUAUUUAAUACGUAGAGCAGCUAUUGAUUCUACUACACCAUUACUUACUAACUUCGAGAUUGUUAAAUUAUUUGUUGAAGCUUUGGAUUAUGUUGGUAAUGUUCAAGCUACCAGUUUAUUUGACUAUCAGAAGCCACGAGAAACACCUCCUAGAUUCGCCCAAAACUAA